UCCUGUGAUAUUCGCUUGCCUUCACUUCAGAAUAGAGUUGUAGUAGUUUAGCUGACUUCUUCCUUCUCAACAUAGUCGUACAGAGCCUAUUUCACUGUUCAUAAUGUUUGGUCGUCUGGGCCACGUCACCAUUGCCGGUGCGGCGAUGGGAGCCAUUGCUGCCGGAGGGUACCUGAGUGCGAGCAAAGAGAGAAGCUUGCUGGGAACUUGCUUCGCAGAGCGAAGUUUCCUGCCUACUGUGCACGCAGCAUCUGUGGAUCAGGGAAGCAGUACGUCGGCACAGCCAAUCCCAGUACCACCACCUUCCUUCGUGCCGUAUACUCAUGACUUACCAACGGACAGUGCCUACAUGAGAGACGCACCAUUCCUAGGCGAAUAUGUUUACUGGGAUGAGAACUGGGAUAAACGUGACCCGGAAUAUAUCCGAGCAAGCACGCCACCCAGCAAACGUGAGCCCGAUGGACCUGAACUGCAGCGGCCCACGGCGUCACGUCGUAUUAUUCUCAUCCGCCAUGGUCAAUACAACACAUCGGCACGUUCAGAUCUCGAGCGGACUCUCACUGACUUGGGACACGAGCAGGCCAGUGCGACGGCUGCACGUCUCGAGUACUUGUUAGCAGACACGCAGCCAUCGCUGCUCAUUCACUCUACGAUGACACGGGCCGUGCAGACAUUCCAGCCGUUCAUCAAGGCCUUCGCCGCGGUCGAUUCGAAGAGCUGCGACUUGCUGCGUGAGGGUGCACCCUACCCGCCGGAACCGCCAUCCAAGAACUACAAACCAGCGCAUUAUCAGUUUCACACCGACGGAGCACGCAUUGAAGCAGCUUACCGACAAUACUUUCACCGUGCCGAUGUAGACCAGAAGACGGACAGUGUGGAGGUGAUUGUUUGUCACGCCAACGUCAUUCGCUAUUUCGUCUGCAGGGCUCUGCAAAUCCCCCCAUCAGCAUGGCUACGUAUCAGUCUGGCUCACUGCAGCCUGACAGUAUUGGACAUUAGACCCACUGGACGGGUGUCGUUGCGUGCGCUGGGAGACACUGGACAUCUUCCGCGCAAGCUCAUCACAUUCUCAUGAGAGUGGAUUGCUCUCCAUCUGCCCGGGUUAUCCGCACUCUGCACAUUCUCAUGAGAGUGGAUUGGGUUCCAUCUCGGUCACAUCUAUACACUGUAUGGCUCCUCUUUGCACGUUCUCAUGAGAGUGGAUUGGGUUCCAUCUCGGUCACAUCUAUACACUGUAUGGCUCCUCUUUGCACGUUCCGAAUGGGAUACAGUGAUAUCUACUCGUAGGUCUUUUCGCACAACUGCCUGGUGCUUAUAUACACUAUGAUGUCACUAUUGGGCAGACCAGCAUGGCAUAAUGUCAUUAUGAUGUCACUAUUGGGCAGAUCAGCAUGGCAUGAUGUCGUUAUGAUGCAAUAGGAUAUGCAUAGGUAAUGGGUAGGUGAACAGAUACCAGUAUAUUGCUGUGAUAUUUACCGCCCAGCAAUCAGUGUGUGAAUCUUGCCUUCGCCAGACAUAGCCCCCUAGCCCUAGCCAUUGUUGAAUUUCCCGAGUUAUUUUCAACCCGGAAAUGCACCAUAAAACUAUUGCUUCCUCUUCGCCUUUCCUGGGAUUUUUUAAUUUAUUGCGAAUUGUGUUCUGUCUAAAUCAAUCAGGACCAUGCUAGAUAACUAAUUUUGUAUACGCUGCGUUUUACAAUAGCCCGGUAAAUUCAGAAUUUGUGUUGCGUAAACGUAGUCUA